AUGGUGCAGCUGUCUCCAUCCCCAGCCCGGGAUGUCUCUCCUUCACCUGAGUGCUCCGAGAAGGGGAGGCAGGGGAGCCUGAAGGCAGGUAGCCCCAAGAUUGGCUCCCCUGGUGGGCUGAGUCCUCUCCAGCUGGCCCUGGCAGCCUCCACCACCAUCUACCAGGGCUACGAGAGUUACAUCGAGGACGGCCUCAUCUGCCUCAAGCACAAGAUCCGCAACCUGGAGAAAAAGAAGAUUAAAUUGGAAGACUACAGGAAGCGUUUGAAACAUGGGGAAUCACUCAAUCAAGACCAGAUAGAUGCAGUGGAGAAGUAUGAUGAAGUGAUCCACAACCUGCAGUUUGCCCAGGAGCUGCACAAGACCCUUGGUGGCCUAACACAGGAACUACUAAAGGCCCAGAAGAAGGCGUUGAGGAAGGAGCAGAUGGUCAAGCAGGAGGUAGAGAAGAGGAGGCUGUGCAUAGUACUGCAGGUUAAGUUCCUCCUGCAGACCCUGCUGCAGCACGAGCACAUCAGGGAGGACCUCCUCUCUGCCCGCAAGCUCCAGGUUGCAGAGCUACAGAGCCUGCUUGAGCUUGCUGAACUACUGGGGGUGAAGAGGGACAACAAUGUGAGUUUGGAGGAUCAGAUGGAGAGAGCAGCCCUGGUCUACCUGGACCUGCUGGAGGGGACAAAUAAAGCCGUAGCCGGAACCACCUACAAGGUCCUGAAGGCUAAGUUGGCAAAGCUGAUGGAUUGUGGGUACUUUGAUUGUGUACCGCCGCCUCCGAGCAAGAGUCCCAAGGAAGUAGAGGAUCCGAUGACCAAGAAGACGGUGUCUCAAACAGCCAGCCUCUCUACCCUAAUGAUGUCAAACAAAAAAGACAUGCCUAGCAGAGAGUUUCUUAACAGACACUACCUGCCUGACACAGACCCCAAUGGGUGUCGAGACACUCCCAUUACUCAGAACUGGAAGGCUGAGUUCCAGGCUAUGAAGGAACAGGAGCCACCGGACUCAUGGGAUAUGGAGUCCGACUCCACUCAGCCUGUAAUCCAGAAACCAUGGAGAGGGGCGGCUGUGUUAAUCUCCAAAGUUCCAGUUACCUCCAAGAAACAAAAUGUCGAACCCAAACAGGCACUUCGUGUGAACACCCCUGUGGAGGUGUUCAACUCCCAGUCUUCCUUGCCCAAGGACCCCAUCCUGCGCAAACAGCAGCUGGAGGACCUGAUGACCAAGAUCAGAGGCUCCUUCAGCUUCAUGCAGGAUUCUCUUCUGGAUGGAGAAGGAUCACCCACUAACGGCCAUCCUAGACUGGGCCGGCAUGCCUCUGGAUCCUCCUCUCCACUCGUACAGAGAGAUUCAAGGAGAAGCCCAGUGGACCUUCUCCCCAAAACACUGCAUUCCACUCCAUUGCCUUCUAAACUCCUCCCUGUUGAUGACGAACCCAGUCUGACCAAUGGAGAUGGGGGUUGCCUAGAGAGCUGUGACCUGGACCUAACUACGGAGGACCUGGCUCACAUCAUAACCAUUGAUCCAUGUCUGCUGCUGUCUGAGAGUGAGACUGCCUGCCCCUCUCCUCCAGCUCCUCCUCCCCUCUACCGUAGGGAGUCCUCCAUCUCCAUCACCCUGGACGAGAAGACCUCUUCUCGGACUCCCAUCUCUGAAUCCGGUAAGCAAUCCCCCUGUAACGGUGUGGUGCCUCCUUGUACUUCCACCCAAGGGCAGCCCUUUUCAACCCCUCCCAGCAGACGUACACUCACCAUGGCCCCCCCUGUUCCCUUCCAGACCAUGCAUUCGGUAUUCAAGGUGAACGCCCCCUUACUUCCGACUGGAGACUUUAAAUCUGAUAUUAUCCCCUAUUCGGACUCCAACGGCCUGUGCUAUGUCACCACCAGCACCCAGACCCCACCGGAGUUUGCUCCGUCGGAGGACGAACACCUACAGUCGGUGAACCAGUCUGAAUGUCUGGUGGGUAGUGGUGGGCAGAUCUUCCUGUCCCCUGGCCAAUCAGGUGGCACCAUGGGCCGUUCUGACCAAUCAUACUACAGAGGAUCUGUUAGAGGUAUUGCACGUGGUGGCAAGGGGUUGGCACACUCCUACUUUCGCUCUUCUGGUGGGCACAGAGGAGGAAGCUUCAUCCCCCAGGCUCACCUGUACGGAGCUCGGGACACUGGCUACCAACACAGCUACAGGCGCGGUGGAGGCAAUACAGGACAAAGGCACAAUAAUAGAACAGGUUGGAGUGACUCCUCCCAGGUGAGCAGCCCAGACCGGGAGGGCAACUACUCCCUGGUGGACUCCGCCCACGGCGACUCGCUGCAGGGUGUUGGCAUGGACCUCACCCCCCAGGUGACCCCUCAUGCCCCCCACACCCUGAUGCACGUACCCAUGUACCCGCUCCCCCAGCAUCCCCAGCCCCUCCGCGUGGCCUUCACAGCAGCCCGCACAGCCAACUACACCCCGGGCACCCUGGACCAGCCCAUCGCCUUUGACCAGCUCCACAGCAACCUGGGGGAAAUGUUCAACACCAACGUGGGUCGUUUCACCUGCCCAGCCAACGGCACCUACGUCUUCCUCUUCCACAUCCUCAAGCUGGCGGUCAACGUGCCGCUCUACGUCAACCUGAUGCGCAACGACGAGGUGAUGGUGUCUGCGUACGCCAACGACGGGGCUCCGGACCACGAGACGGCCAGCAACCACUCCAUCCUGCAGCUGUACCAGGGAGACCAGGUGUGGCUGCGGCUGCACCGCGGCUCCAUCUAUGGCAGCAGCUGGAAGUACAGCACAUUCUCUGGCUUCCUGCUCUACCAGGACUGAGCUAUUGGGGCCUCUUGAGCCAACAUGGAGGAUACAGGUGGAGGAGAGACUAUUGCUUUGCACUAAACAGGAGAAACUGACAUUUUCCAUUUCAUGUGGCAGACUGCAUACCCACCCAGUGCUGGGUUCAUUGCCUACCCCAGUCCUGGAGUGUAUGGGGAGUGUUCAUUGUUCAAACCUUUCAGGGUCACCCUUUUGUUUAC